AUGAAAAUAGAGGAUAUAGAUUUCCGUUCGAGAAAAUGGGAGGAAAUGGAUAAUGAUGUUUUUGUCAAGAUAUUCCAGUGUUUUGACAUCUUUGGUUUGACCUCUGGGAUUGGUCAUAUUACAUUAAGUCUCAGCCAUGGGAACAUAACGACCUUGAUUUUCCAUUAUAACCUAUUUGUCAGCAACGACCAAUUGACUUAUACAUCAGAGAGUAUUGAGUACUUCUUGCUAGUUGAUCAUAAGAAUACCUUGACACUGCAAGUGCCCAAAUCUGAAGCGUCUAGUUAUGCCUGCAUAGAACAGAAUAAAGAAGACUGGAAUAUGUAA